UUCGUUUAGAAGAAAAGCUAGACGAGGAGAAGCUUUCCUCAUUUCUCCACUAGACUGCAAACACUCAGAAAUGACAUCAGGCAACCCGAAGAACCCUGGAUGACUAAGGUCCUCAGAGUGUGAGAAAACUCUCCCUGCUUCUCUGCCUUUGGUUUUCGGACACAUUUAUGCAGAUGAGCUUGCCAGAGCCGGCUCCCCCGCCUUCUUCCUCAGAGGAAGUUUCUUGGUAGAUCACUGUCACCUCAUCCAGGCGGGCGGGGGCGCGGGGGGCGUGAAAACUUGGCCGCCGCGGGCGCCCUCAGCGCCACGGUGAUUUGUUCUCCUGGUGGAAAGAGCUGGAAGGAAGGAGUCGGCGCGCAAAUAAUGAAGGAGCACGGGGGCACCUUCAGUAGCGCCAGCAUCAGCGGUGGCAGCCGGGACACUGCUAUGGACAGCCUGCAGCCGCUGCAGCCUAACUACAUGUCUGUGUGCUUGUUUGCAGAAGAAUCGUAUCAAAAAUUAGCAAUGGAAACGCUGGAGGAAUUAGACUGGUGCCUCGACCAGCUCGAGACCAUCCAGACCUACCGCUCAGUCAGCGAGAUGGCUUCUAACAAGUUCAAAAGAAUGCUGAACCGGGAGCUGACACACCUCUCAGAGAUGAGCCGAUCAGGGAACCAGGUGUCUGAAUAUAUUUCAAACACCUUCUUAGAUAAGCAGAAUGAUGUGGAAAUCCCAUCUCCCACUCAGAAAGACCGUGAGAAAAAGAAAAAGCAACAGCUCAUGACACAGAUAAGUGGCGUGAAGAAACUGAUGCACAGUUCGAGCUUAAACAAUACAAGCAUCUCACGCUUUGGAGUCAACACAGAAAAUGAAGAUCACCUGGCCAAGGAGCUGGAAGAUCUGAAUAAAUGGGGACUGAAUAUCUUCAAUGUGGCUGGAUAUUCACACAAUAGGCCUUUAACUUGCAUCAUGUAUGCUAUAUUCCAGGAAAGAGACCUCCUAAAGACAUUCAAAAUCUCAUCUGACACAUUUGUGACCUACAUGAUGACUUUGGAAGAUCAUUACCACUCCGAUGUGGCGUAUCAUAAUAGCCUCCAUGCUGCUGAUGUGGCUCAGUCAACACACGUUCUUCUUUCAACACCAGCUUUAGAUGCUGUCUUCACAGACCUAGAGAUUCUGGCUGCCAUUUUUGCAGCUGCCAUCCACGACGUGGAUCACCCUGGAGUCUCCAAUCAGUUCCUCAUCAACACAAAUUCAGAGCUUGCUCUGAUGUAUAAUGAUGAGUCUGUGUUGGAAAACCAUCACCUUGCUGUGGGUUUCAAACUGCUGCAAGAAGAACAUUGUGACAUCUUCCAGAAUCUUACCAAGAAGCAGCGUCAGACACUCAGGAAAAUGGUCAUUGACAUGGUGUUAGCAACUGAUAUGUCCAAACAUAUGAGCCUGUUGGCAGACCUGAAGACAAUGGUAGAAACAAAAAAAGUUACAAGUUCAGGUGUUCUUCUCUUGGACAACUACACUGAUCGUAUACAGGUCCUUCGCAACAUGGUACACUGUGCAGACCUGAGCAACCCCACCAAGUCCUUGGAGCUGUAUCGUCAAUGGACAGACCGCAUCAUGGAAGAAUUUUUCCAACAGGGAGACAAAGAGCGGGAGAGGGGGAUGGAGAUCAGCCCGAUGUGUGAUAAACACACAGCUUCUGUGGAAAAGUCCCAGGUUGGUUUCAUCGACUACAUUGUCCACCCACUGUGGGAGACCUGGGCAGAUCUGGUGCAGCCUGACGCUCAGGACAUCCUGGAUACACUAGAAGAUAACAGGAACUGGUAUCAGAGCAUGAUCCCUCAGAGUCCCUCUCCACCGCUGGACGAGAGGAACAGAGACUGUCAGGGCCUCAUGGAGAAGUUUCAGUUUGAACUGACUCUGGAAGAGGAGGAUUCUGAAGGACCUGAGAAGGAGGGUGAGGGCCACAGUUAUUUCAGCAGCACAAAGACACUUUGUGUGAUUGAUUCAGAAAAUAGGGAUUUGCUGGGAGAGACUGACGUAAACAUUGCGACAGAAGACAAGUCCCCAGUUGACACAUAAUCUCCCUCUUGCUGUGGAGAAGAACAUUCCAUCUUUGACAAGCAUGCCAACUAUGUGGUAGGGUCAGCCUGCCAUGGGGGCCAAGGCCUACACAGGAUAAGGGCCACCUGGCCUUUCAAGUUACUUGAGUUUGGAGACAGAAUGCAAGUUCAUGAAGCAAAUAGCAGCUCAGGAAAUUCCACACUUGACUUGCCUUGCUUGCAAGCAUGGUGGAGAGCUGAAGCUUUAUGUGGUAGUACAGGCCAGUGUUGAUCACAACUAAGAUGGCUUGAAAACGGAAGACACAAAACUGAGAGAUUUUUCUGCACUAAGUUUCAGGAACCUGUCCUUGCUAGUGAGUGAACUUACUAAUAACAUCAUUGAUAAACUUGCUCACCUGUCCCCUUGUCUGCCAACCUGUGUGCCUUUUUUGUAAAGCAUUUUCACGUCUUUAAAAAUGCCUGUUGAAUACCUAGAGUUAAGUAUCGACUUCUACACAGAUAAGAAUUUAAAGUUCACCCAAACUUUUUUGGCUUUCUGGGAGUUAAAAAAAAAAAAAACAGGAAAGGAAACUGUCUUCCUUCUUUCUUGGGCAAUAUCUUUCACGUUGCUACAGUUAAUUGCUAGCAGAGAGAAAGGAUGCACUUCUAACCACAUUGUGUUUCUUUCCCCUGUGGUCCAAUCCAGUUCCACAAUUGGCCUUAUAAUUUAUCUCGCUUGCCUGCUUCCAACAGUAUCUCUUCUCGUCUAGAGUUUCAUUGUUUUGGCUGUAAACAGAAUAAAGUUGAACCAACUAAGGGGCAGGAGGGGUAGUUGUGUUGUUCACCGUGGAAGUCUGUGUCAUGCUCAGCUCACCAAGGCAGUGUGCCCUGAUUUGUACUAGGUGCGUGUGCCACUGCGACUUGCAUGAUCCCUGUCUCCUUCUCCCCUCUUCAAAGACGCUGUUUCAAUUUAAUGCUGCCAUCUUCCUCUUGCACUGCCUUCUGCACUAACACCUCCAUUCCUGUUUAUAACCAUGUAUUUAUUACUUAAUGUACAUAAUGUAAUGUUUUGUAAGUUAUUAAUUUAUAUAUCUAACAUUGCCUGCCAAUGGUGGUGUUAAAUUUGUGUAGAAAACUCUGCGUAAGAGUUCAGAAUUUUUCUUGUAAGAUUUUGUAUUGUGUAUUAUAUAUAUAUAACCCAAACGCUGCUUCAGAGAGAUGCCCUGCUCAGCAGUAAUGACUGGGGGUUUUGUCCAGAGUCUGCCUUUUCCCUGUCUAAGUUGCUAAUGAUGCACAACCCCUUUAUGAACCGAUUUUGCAAACAGGAUUCUCACAUUAGAUACUAAAUGGUUUAUACUGAGCUUUUACUUUUAUAUAGUUUGAUAGGGACAGUGGGCAAUGGGACAUAGUUUAUACCCAUGUUCCAUCCAAAUCUGUAGACGCAAGAGUUGGGUUCUAACCGGGUUCUAUUAUAAUUGUGACUUCGGUUCAAAAAGAAACACUACAUUUGCUCACAGAAAAUUUUACUGCGAGUUUGCAAACUACUGACUGAAGAGCUAGCCUCCUGCCUGCCGUGACCCAAGGAUGUCAUGUUCCCAUUCAUUAUAAAACAAUAAAGCAAUGUGAAUUUUUAUGAUAAAAUGUGAACUGAUGUAGUAUCUUAAGCAAAUGUGAAGCUUCUUCUGAUAACACUCAUUAGGCCUCUUCCUGGUGUCAGUUUCAGUUUGUAACAUAUGUUUCAUGCUUCAGUUCAGCAUUGUGACUCAAUAGAUAACGAAAGUAGCACAAUUGGGCAUGACCAAUAGGUUUGUGUGUCUAUGAACACUGCAUUGUUUCAGGUGGACAUUUUAUUUUCUCAAUG